AUGUCAGAGGACCUCACUGUAGAAGCUUUUUUGUUUGGGCUAUUGGUCUUUUCUGGCAUCCUUGGAAACAUCCUGGUUAUCCAUGUGGUGCUUCAGUCAGCUGUUGAAAGUCCUUCUGGGAGACUUCCUCCCUCUGACACUAUUUUGGUGCAUCUCUCUCUGGCCAACCUACUAACCUCACUGUUCCGCACUGUGCCCAUCUUUGUGUCUGACCUGGGCCUGAAUGUGUCCCUGUCCCCGGGCUGGUGCCGUGUCUUCAUGCUGCUGUGGGUAUGGUGGCGAGCUGUGGGCUGUUGGGUGACUCUGGCUCUAAGUGUCUUCCAUUGCACCACACUGAGGCGACAGCAGGUGGCCUUUGGACCUUUGGUACUGCAGAGGGAGAGGAGGCGGGUAUGGAUCGUUCUAGCACUGGUGUGGGGGGCAAACCUGGCCUUCUCAAUUCCAGCUCUGGUAUACAGCACUCACGUUCAUGGCAACGCCACUGUCGAGCUGAUGGUGAUCAGUUGCACCACCAGGCCUCUGCUGGGCUGUGUGUGGGAGUUUCCCAGCAUCCAGCAGGGCUCAGCCUUUGCCUCCACCUCACUGGCUUUUAAUGAAGUAUUGCCACUGGUGCUAAUGGUUUGUACCAACUUGGCUACACUUCAUGCUCUCGCAAAACACAUCCGAGCUGUAACCGCUGGUGCAGAGGCAGGGAAAACGCAUGGUGAGCUGGACAAACAUGUGGCCACUGAACGCAAAGCAGCUCAUGUCAUCAUGUCUCUAGUGUCGCUCUUCGUGGUCUGCUGGGUGCUGCAGGUUGCUGCUGUGACUUACUACAACCAUGAUGGGGGACACCACGCUGAAGGGCUGCUGACUGUGGCCCACUUCUCUGCAUCGCUAUUCGUAGGAUUCAGUCCCAUGGUGGUGGCCCUCGGUCACAGCAAGCUGAGGAGGAGAAUUAUGAGUAUGAUACAGGGCUGGUCUAAAGUUCUUAAUUGUCACAGUGAGUUGUCUGAUAAGGGGGGCACAUCCUCUAAGACUAAAGGAAAUCAAACCAUUUUUAUUGUUCAAAAAGAGCAAAAGGUCAUAAAAGUGGAGGAAAAGGUCAAAUCAAUAAAGUGAGUGCAAUGAUAUCAGACUAACAAACAUAUUCUAAUAUUUAUACUUAAAUGUGCAGAGAUGCAUCAUCAAUUUAAAUCCAGUGAUUAUGUGAUCUCUGUUUCUUCUGAACUGUUAAGUAUUAAUGUUCUUAUUUAAGAUAUUCUUUCACACAUGCAACUUAAACUUACACUUGUGUUGGUAGGUCAGCUAUCAUUACUGCAAAAGAUGAUUGUAUUGAUUUUACCCAAUUCAAUCCACUGCUUCUUUUUUCUAUGGGGGUGAAAUGUAUUCAAAUGACCCUUUGAGUUUCUCAUCUCAUUUUUUAUGGAUUGACUGUUCUAUACAGUCAAGCUCUAUUGUAAAUGUCAAUAUCAUGUACAAUUUCUCAGAAAGUUGUGAGCCCAAAACAAAA